AUGAAAAAAUAUUUUAAUUAAUUCAAUAAAAGGUUAUAACAGUUAGGAUUAACUAUAAGAGAUGUUGAUUCAGAUGGAAAUUGUCUUUUUAGAGCUAUUGCUGAUUAACUAACUGGAAAUGAGGAAAAUUAUAAUGUUUAUCGUAGUAUGGCUAUCAGAUCUCUCCAGAAAAACCAAAAAUUUUUUUCUGAUUUUCUUCCAGAAGGUUCUUCAUUUAAUGAAUAUACAAAUCGAAUGUCUUAUGAUGGAGUAUGGGGAGGACAUUUAGAACUAUAAGCUUUGAGUAAUUCUUUACAAAUAGAUAUUGUUGUUCAUACAGUUGAUAAAUAUUAUAUCAUAAAACACAUCCCAAUAUCAACUUGUUGGUCAUCUAUUAAAGAAAAACUUAAAAAUUAUUAUUAUAAGAAAUAAGUUCCCAUAAAGAAAUAAGUUCAUAUUGCAUUUCAUUAAGGAAAAAAAAUUAUUAAUCAUUAUUAAUCUAUUAGAUUACUUAAUGAUAAUACUAAUAAACCUGCUAAACAACCACAAAUCUUUACUGAAUUAUCUGAAUAAUCAACAACUGAUGAUCCCUAUUGA